CUCAUGUCAUCUGUUGGUUUUUAUCUCGUGAGUAAUUAAUUUUGAAUAAAUUCUUCCUUCUCUGUGACAGCGUUUGUUUAGGAAAUGUAAACAUGCCUCAAUAAUGAUACUACUCUUAAAAAUGUGCAAUUGAAGUCACUCACAUAUCGGUUACAUUUGAGAUACACAUAAAUAGAGAAAAUUUCCAGUACCACAUCCAGAGAAAAUGGAUUUAAGAUACUUUACAGUUCUGAUUCUUUGGGGCUGUGCGAAUGCAAAGGGACCCAGGGAGGUGGUUCUCGAUAUUAACAAACUAACCGCUUACAUUGGGGAGCCGGGGCUACAAAUAAGAUGUCACGCUGAUGGUAAGAGAGUGGUGAAGCCAACGUGGAUGUCCAUAGAAUUCAAUGGAUUUCAAAGUCAGCGGCCAAUGGUCUACCUGUUUAGGAAGGACGAUAAAGAUGUUAUUGAGUGGGGUCAGGAGUUCAAUGUCACACGGCUGCAGAGUCACAUCAAGGUCACAGGUCAUCUGGAACAAUCCAUAUCCUUCCUUCAGCUGGAUUUCAGUCACGUGAUGUGUGGGGAUGGAGGGCGGUACACGUGUUCUUACGCAGGCCUUGACAAACAGGGAAAGCUAAGAACAUUUUCAAUGGCAGGGGACUUUGUUGCUAAAGCUAUGGAUGGCGGCCCUCCGAAAGUAACCUUAAAUGGGAAGCUUGUGAAAUCUUUCGACUCGAUAAAGGCAUCUCCAGGAGACAAACUUCACUUUGUUUGUGAGGGCGAUGUUGGUAAACCACGCAUUCCUAUACUUUGGUUUUUAAAUGAAUUACUAAAGCCACAGAGAGUACUGGGCAAGAAGGAUGGGGUCAGACAAGGUCUCCAAAUAAUCUCCGAAGACAAUCUCUGUUCAUUCAGGUCCAGUGUUCACUUGGAUUAUGAGAUGGGGAGUAGUAUGACCAUCCUGUCGUGUAAAAUAGCCUUCCGCAAUGUUAACAUCUUCCUUCACCCCUAAACAAUCCUCACUUUUCUGUACACUACUCCAAUUUAUAAUUAAAAAAUAUACAUUUGUCCAACAUGUUGAUUUUGUUUUAAUCUUGGACAGUAAGAACCGUGU